CUGGUUAUUAAUGAUGGAAAGCCUUCACUACUCUACCAAUAUACACACGAGCUCAAAAAAUUGCUUUCAGUUGCAAAAGAUCUCUCGGCCGAUCAAUUGUGAACAUGGUUUUGAGUCAUCAACUCUAGAUCUGUUCAUUCAUCUUUUACUGGAUUAAGACAAGAAAGCGAGAUCCAGAGACUAUUAUAGUAAAGAGGUUUUCGCAGUGCAUGUGGAGGAGUGAGCAGAUUUACGAGAAUCACGGUAAUCAUGGCAGUUAAAAGCAAAGUGGAAUUGGAGAACUCGGUGGUACAUAAUCUGGGAUCUUCCACAAUGCCUCUCAAUAAAAAAGAACAGGGUCCGGUUGGGUUCCGCCAAGUGCAGGCCAUUAUGCUAUUCCUGCUGUUUCUGGUCGCCUAUGGACUCAGGUACAACUUGUCAGUUGCAAUUGUAGCCAUGACCAACAACUCAACAUCCGAUGCUCAGACAUUCGACUGGGAUGAACACAAGAAAGGAGCGGUACAGAGCGCCUUCUUCUGGGGCUAUCUGAUCGUGCAGGUGCCUGCCGGUCUGUUGGGUCAGCAUGUCAGUCCCAAGCUACUGCUCACUCUUACCACAACUGCCUGCAGUCUGCUCACGCUCAUCACACCGUAUGGCACUCAGUAUGGAGGCUGGAUCGUAUUGUGUGUCAUAAUACUGCAGGGUCUUUGUCAGGGUUUCUAUGUUCCACUGACUUACAUUUUGGCUUCAAAAUGGUGUCCAUUGACCGAGCAGAAUAGAUUUAUAGGAUUUACUCUAAAUGGAGGCACUUUUGGUGUGACACUGGCGAUGCCCCUGUCGGGUUUCCUGGCGAGUAGUUCGCAGGGGUGGCCACUGAUCUUCUACACGACUGGAGUGUUUGGCCUGCUGUGGGUGGUGCUGUGGGCUUUCCAGGGCGCUGACAGUCCGGCCACACAUAAACGAAUCUCGCAGGCUGAAAAGGAAUACAUUCAAACGUCACUCAAGCAUAACUCAACCGAGACAAUUCCAACACCCUGGAGAGAAAUCUUCACAUCGAAACCGAUGUGGGCAUUCAUAGCGGCCCAUGUUGGGUGUGGGUGGCUGUUUGCAAUCAUAUUCACCCAAAUGCCUUCCUAUAUCAGCUCGGUUCUUGGCUUUGACAUAGCAACUAAUGGCCUGCUGUCCGCUUUGCCCUACCUGACGAUGUGGUGCCUGUCGUUCCCCGUCUGCUGGCUGGCUGACAUAAUGAGCAAGCACCGGGUCUGGACCACCACCACCCAGCGCAAAGUCUGGGCCACUAUCAGUCAAACAGGCGCGGCACUGGUGCUAGUGUGCCUGGGCUUCGUGGAGCGUGACGCGGUUGCGGCCAUGAUAGUGCUCAUCAUCACAGUAUCCCUUUCGUCGUGCGCCUUCAGUGGCGUCUACGUCAACCCGUUGGAUUUGGCACCCAACUUUGCCGGAGUGCUCAUCGGCAUCGGAAACGGACUCGAGAACAUCUCGUCUAUUCUGGCGCCUCUCAGUGUUGGCUGGAUCCUCCAUGAUCAGAAAUCAGUUUUCCAGUGGACGAUGGUAUUUGUGUUGGCUCUAGUUGUAGCAGGAGUGAAUAAUUUGAUAUUCUUGAUCUGGUCCUCAGCCAAAUUGCAGCCUUGGAAUGAGCCAACGACCACUGAGAAGAGAUCACCAAUUACAAAUACGUAGUUGUAAUUUUCUUCAAGCCAAUCUUUUAUAAGAUUUUUUUUCAAAUCUUAUAAAAAUGUUUGUGAUAUAAUUUUGAAUUGUUCAAUUCAUCUUUGUUUAGUGUUAAUAUUGUUACAACUAUGUCUCAGUGAUUCUUGUUAAAUACACAGUAGAUACUUGUAAAAUA